AUGACGGAAAAAGAAAUUGAUAAGAUAGUAUUAUCAGUUACUAAUGCAUCCAAACGAUUAUCCCAAAUAUCAACAUCAUCAAACAACUCCAAUAGGAAACAAAAUAAAAUAGGACCUUGGAAAUUAGGUCGAACUUUGGGUAAAGGAAGUACUGGAAGAGUUAGGUUGGCUAAAAACAUCAACAAUGGUAAAUUGGCUGCCAUUAAAAUCUUACCUAAACUGAACUUUAAGAAGUUAGAGAACCCCAAAUAUAAAAAGAUGGGAGGUGAUUUACCUUACGGAAUUGAAAGAGAAAUCAUCAUUAUGAAACUUAUCAACCACAAAAACAUCAUGAGUCUUUAUGAUGUUUGGGAGAAUAAAAAUGAUCUUUACUUGAUCUUGGAAUAUGUUGAAGGUGGUGAAUUAUUUGAUUAUCUUAUUAAAAGAGGGAAGUUACAAGAAUUUGAAGCUAUAAAUUAUUUCAAACAAAUUCUCCAUGGAAUCAAAUACUUACAUAGUUUCAACAUUUGUCAUAGAGAUUUAAAGCCUGAAAAUUUAUUGUUGGAUUUCAAUAAGAAUAUCAAAAUAGCUGAUUUUGGGAUGGCAGCUUUGGAAAUUGAUAAUAAAUUAUUAGAAACCAGUUGUGGUAGUCCUCAUUAUGCAUCACCAGAAAUUGUUGCUGGGAAAAAUUAUCAUGGUGCACCUUCAGAUAUUUGGUCUUGUGGGAUCAUUUUAUUUGCUUUGUUAACUGGACAUUUACCUUUUGAUGAUGAAAAUAUUCGUAAAUUAUUAUUGAAAGUUCAAAACGGGAAAUUUAUAAUGCCAGCAAGUUUAUCAUCAGAAGCAAAAGAUUUAAUAUCUAAGAUGUUAGUAGUUGAUCCAACUAAAAGAAUCAAGAUGGAUGAUAUUUUAGCUCAUCCUUUAUUGAAGAAAUAUCCUGAUCCUGAUAGUUUACAAGUACCUGAAUUCAAAGUUAAACCUAUCAAUCGUUCAAGAGUUGAUAAAGAGAUUCUUAAAAAUUUAUCUAUAUUGUUUCAUAAUUGUGAAGAAUCCAUUAUUUUAGAUAAGUUAUGUCAACAAGAGAUGAAUAGUGAGAAGAUGUUUUAUUAUUUGUUGAUGAAAUAUAGAAAUGAUCAUGCUGUUAAUGAUGAUAAUGCUUUAGAUUUAUCAUCAAGUUCAAUUAAUCAAGAAAAGAAACUUGAAAAAAGUCGUUUGGUGGUAUCUACAUCAUUUAAUAAGAAGAAAGCAAUGAAAUUUAAUGAUCAUGUUAUUUCAAGAGAACCUUCAAGAACCAUUAAAUCGGUUAAAUCAACCAAAUCGAUUAAAUCAGCCAAAUCAGUCAAAUCCAUUAAAUCCUUAAAAUCUUCAAAAUCUUUGAGAUCUUUACAUUCUUCUAAAUCAGUCAAAUCUUUGAAGAAUGUUUUACCAGAAAAGGAAAUACCCCACCAAGAAUCUGCAUUGAAAUCUACUAUUUCUGUUAAAUCAAACCUUUCCAAUUUAUCCAAUCAUUCGUUAUCUAAAGUCUUGAGUGAACCUAAAUCUGAAAAACCUAUUGAUUUGAAGACAAGACAAUCCCAAGUGUUCGAAAAAUUAAUGAAACAUGAAUCUAAGUUGGAUUUUUCUUUUGCUACUUUCAUGGAUGGUGAUUUGAAAGCUUCUGAUAAAGUCAAUGGAAAGAGAAAUGUCACAUCACCUGUUGAAUCCUCCCUUGAUCCAAGAAUUCAAGGUAUCAGUUCAUUAUUAAGGGCUAAAUCUUUGACUUCUCCUUCAUCUUAUGCAUCUAUCAGAUCUUCUGAAGGAACAGCUAAAGUAUUGGCUAAACUUGGUAUUAAUAUGGAAAGAGACAUCAAUAAGUUCCAAAAGGACAAUCAGAUGUUCAAGACUGUUAGUACCAAGAACUUGAGUGAUCUCAUUGAAGAAAAUAAUAUUGUCAGGCAAGAUAAACCUAAGAAAGUUGAGGAACUCAAGAAAGUUGAAGAACCCAAGAAAGAGAGACAUGUCAAAGAAUCAAAGGAUAAGGCUGAAAGAUACACAGAAAAGAAAUCACCUCGUGUGGAAGCUAGAGAAAUCGAUAAAGAAAAUAUCAAUCGUCAACAGUAUAAAUCUUUAUUAUCCAACAAACCUUCAACUUUACCUACAAGUAAAUUACCUACCAUUCCUGCUAAAAAUGCUUUGAGACCAAUCACAUUGAAUACUUCCGUCAACACUUCAGUAAACAAUGUUGUUCUCGACCAAAGAUCCAAUAAAUCAAACACCAAACUCAAUUCUUUAACCAGUUCAAGAACUUUCCUCAAGAAUCACCAAGAAUUAAUACCCAAUCCUAGAUUCUCAAGGUUCUCCUUUAACGGGUUAUUGAGAGAUUUUGAUAUCGAAGAUACUAAGAAAGGUGAUAUAGAGAUUUUCAAUUCCUUAAGAAGUAAUGGUACAGUGAUCAAGAAAUCUAAGAGGAGUGUACUUAACUUGAAAGGUUUAAGUAUCACUCAAGAAGAUGGUUCUGAUGAUAGAUCUUUUGAUGGUAACUCAAUCAAUGAUUCAAGAUCAAUCUUUGAAGCUAAAUCUUAUGCUGAUUCUAAAUCCCUUGAUGCCAGGUCCAUCAACGGUAAGUCCAUCAAUGACACUAUCAUCAAUGAAACUGCCGUUAAUGACACUGUCAAAUCAUUGUAUGAAACCUCAAGAUCCAUCAAUGAAACCAAAACUAAGGAAGAUGAAUUCCUUUCUGUACAUCUUGAUGAUUCCAAUGCUACAGCUAUGAAAACUACCUUGAGUGAUUUCGAAUUCACCGAGCUUAGUGACAUCAUCAGCGAAAGAAUCGAAGACAUUGGAAAGUUUGGUAAGGUAAGUUUAAUCUAUAGUAACAGCAGUAAAGAAGAAGUGAAUCAAAGAGAUUUGGAAAGUUUAGAUACUUUACAGAACGAUGAGAUUCAAGAAGAUCACGAUGAUGACGAUAAGACCAUAGAAAAUGAUGACCAACAAAACGAUGAUCAUCAAUACAAGAUUUUGAGACCUCAAUCUAAAGCUAUGUCUAGGCAAUCGACUCCACCUGUCAGUGAGUAUAAUUCCAGAAAUGCUUCUAAGGAAACUUUAAUCAGAGAGCCAGUGGAGGAUGUGAAAUCUUUGAAGGAAGACACCGUAUCUGUUAAAGUAUUAACGCCCGAAGUUCCUUAUGAUCCAGUUCUUCAACAAAUUGCACCAAGAGAGGAAAACUCCCAAAAUGGACAAAUUUCCCAAAAUGGACAAGUCAAUUCUACAGUCCAACAAAAACCCGUUCAAACUGAAGUCAAGCCUAGUCCGGUAGAAAUCUUACCACCAAGAGCUAAGAACAACACAGUGUUCCGUAAUUUCAAAUCAAACCAACCAAAACCUAAAGAGAAUUGGUUUAUGAAAUUCUUACAUAAUCUCAGUUCAUCACAAAAAAUUGUCACCAUUAAUACCAACCAUUCGUCUAAAACCAUCAUUAAAUUAUUGAAGACCGCCUUGACUUUGAAAAAGUUGGAAGGAACAUUGAAUGACUUUACCAUUAAUAAUAACCUCAUCACUGGUCAAUUAGGAAAGUUCAAUAAACUCAAAUUCAGAAUAGAGGUAUUGAAAAUAGGAGAAGUCAGUUCUGUAAAUUUAAGCAAAGUUAGUGGAUCUAGUAAGAUUUUUAACAAUUUCGUUGACGUAGUUAAAUAUUUAGUUAGUCAAGAUAGCAUAAUGUAA